AUGAUGGAAAAAGAAGAGGAGAUGUUGACUAGCGCCGGUUUAGUAACAAAUCCUGACACUGAAGAUGUGCAUCAAGGCUCUGAUACCGAGUUAUCAGAGGAUGGUGAAGAUGAUGAGAUGGAUGUAGAGAGUAAAAUGAAGGAGGAAAGUGAGAAUCAUGGUGGAAGGUUGAGGAGGAAAGCUAUCUUCGAGGACGAAAAUGAAGUUGAAGAUUACUCUGCUUUUGGUAACAUAUCAGAAUGGAAACAAGGGCUGAAGAAUGAUAUUGUAAAGAAGGACCUCGACUUGACGCAUAUUGUGUAUGGAGAAUCAUCAAAUACUUCUUUGGUAAAUGAGAAGCAUGAGAGUAGUGAUGAUGAUGAUGGAGAAGACUUCGAGCAAAGUGGUUGA